AGUCGAGAAUCGUAGUUUUCCGGGAAACGUAUGGCAUAUUCCCGGUCGAGUGUUCGAAUUUUCACUGCCAUGUCGCGUCUAGUUGUCGCCGAUAGAAACCGUCGCUUCGUUUGAGCGUUUCGCGGGAAAAAAGUUAGAAAAUUUGUUUGUUAAUUAUUAAAUGUUAGGUUAGGUUAGUUCAGCAUGGAAUUCUAAAUUGAGGACUUCGAGAAAUUGAUAUAUAAAGUGAAUGAAGGAAUUACAACAGUAAUCAUAAUUUUUCUGAUAGUAUUUUAUAACCUCGGCGGAUAAUGUCAGCUGCUGUUUGGAUCUCAAUCUCAAUAUUAACUGUCCUCUACAUUUCAUUAUCAGGAUUGGUAUCGGCACAAAGUUCUCAAAGGGGAUCUACAGGACCGCCUCCUCUUACAGGAAAGUGUAAAAUUUAUGAGUUUCGGUGCUCUAAUGGUCGUUGUAUACCUCUAAAUCGAUAUUGCAAUAAUAAAAAUGAGUGUGGAGAUGGAUCCGAUGAACCGAGAUAUUGUACAAGAUGUAACAAAACUUACUAUGGAGUUAUUGGAAAAACUUAUGACUUAGAAUUACAUCGUCCGAAAGAAGACAAAAUUCCUUUUAUAUGCUUUCUGACUUUUACUGCAAAUGGUGGUGAUUUUGGUGACCUGAUACAGUUGACAUUUGACAGCUUCACCUUGGGCCGAUUCGUGUCUUUCACAGCGGACGGAUGUCCGGAUGGUGCCUUACAAAUAUCGGAAUCAAAUAGACCCCAAGUGGGAGGUUCUUGGUGCGGAACAUCUUGGGGUCCCGCCAUCUAUUACAGCGAAACCAAAAGUGUUACGGUAUCCGUCAAUCUAUACCGGCUUUCUAAAGUAGAAAAUGGAUACAAUUUCGAUUAUAGAAUGGAGUAUAAAUUUCUGAAGAGAAAGUCGGCUAUCGUACGAUAUGGAGGACGUCAACCUCCUUCAAUAUUCAAUAUUACCGAACCUAGUACUGCAACGGAUCCAGAGCCGGAAUACUAUUUAGGUGAUUUAAUAUCGGGAACAUAUUGCUCUCGAAUUUUCAGCGACUGUGAUAGGAAACACUGCCGUCUUCAGUCUCCCAACUUUCCGGGAAUAUACCCCCGUAAUUUGACUUGCUACUACGCCGUCAGACAGCACGAGAUACCACCAGGAAAACACGCCUUAAUCACCGUUCGUCAACCAAAAGGUCAGCUCGUAUCCAUACGUAGCCAAUCAGCUUUAUUUGGUACGGCAACACCAAGCGAAAUUAAAGUAUGGGACGCCUGUAACGACGUUCAAGAUUACGUUACAAUUUAUGACGGUUACACUACGAGAGAUCCUGUGAUUUUGAAGUUUUGUGGAGGUGGCGAAGAAGUACCGCCAGCUGUGUCCAGUGGACAUGAACUGCUUGUGGAGUUUUCGUCUUCUCCUUAUGGUACUUUCUUGCAUCCUACUCCCGUUCAAGCGUUGCAUGGAUUCCAACUAGAAGUUGAGGUAACUUUCGUUGAUAUUCAAUCUCCGUCGUUCACUAAACAAAAACGAAACUGCGAAUUUUGGAUACGUGGUACCAAUCGAGGAGUAGUAGAAAGCCCGUUACAUUCUAUACCAGCUAAUACAACAUGCCUCUAUCAUCUUCAAGGUCUCGAUGCUACGAUUUCUCCUUCACCUUCACCAUCUCACAGGACGCGUUAUCCAGAUUGGAGGCAUGUUGGUAUGAUUUUACCGCCCCCUAGAUAUCGAGUUUGGUUAAGUGUAUUGAAGUUUCAUGUUGCGAGUGUUUGGGAUCCAAAAAAACCCGAUCAGAUAUGUAGGAGCUACUUGAACGUUUGGGAUGGACAGCUUUGGACGCCAUCUAAUUGCGAUGGUUUGUACUGUUCAAGUGUAAGAGACAAAUCGAAAAACCGUCAAAGUUCCGCUCUACAAUCAUCUUCCAGUACAAGUAACAAGAAAAACGUCACUAUGUUGGCCCGUUAUUGCAGAGAGCACGUACCGAGAAGCUGCGACCAUUCUCUUCUGGGAAAUUUGACAAGAUUUCCCAGACCAUGUACGUUGGCUGAAAGUUUCCUGACAUCCGGGGACAGUCUCACCCUUGAACUGAGGGUAGCCGAUUCAACCGCCUUAAAACCGGUUACGUUCAAGGCCCUCUACGAAUUCGUUGACCUGCAUCUAGACGGAGAGCCUUACGGGGACGGGCCGUGUUCAAGAAAGUUUGGAGACAUUUCCACGCGGUCUGGAAUGUCGGGCAGUCUAGGGAGAGGGUUCGGAGAAGAAACGCAGCAUUUCAAAUCGCCUCGAGAUAUUUUUCUAUACGGUAGAGGAGGAGCUAAAAAUAUCAGUUGCGUCUACCGUUUCGAAGUAAAAAAAGACGAACGCAUCAAAAUAACAAUAACCGAGAUGAUAGUGAAGAACCGCCGAUGCGAAACAGUUAUCAGCAGAGAUACAAAUCAAUUAGAAUGUUUCGGAAAUACAUCAGCCACCCUCAGAUUCUACGAAGUACCAUGGAACGACGUACCGGGUGUUCCGAAAGACUGUCUGUGCACUGUGGAUAAAAGUAGACUCAUUCCGUUUACAUAUUUUUCAACGUCGAAUGUGGUAGAAUUGCGAUUCAACGUAAUGGGAAUGAACGCGUCAGAUGAUUUCGAUACGCUUUUAUUCGAAGGACAUUGGAAAUAUAUAAAAACUCCCGGAUGUAGGAAAAACUUGAGAUAUAGAGGAGCCAGCGGAGAGAUUGCUUUUCAUUAUCCUACGUCCUUCGAUGGGAUUAACUGCGAAUCGAAUCCCAGAGUGAUAAUUCCUGGACUGAACAAGUAUUUAUACGUUAAAAUCAAUGGUUUCAUUGUGCGUCAUUCAACUCGAAAAGGUAACUCGACUAUCAAAACUCUCAUCACUGGCCAGAAAUGUGAGCACGCGAACAGGAUAGUAGUUCAUACAGCUGUCUAUUCGGCGUUAAUAUGUCCUUCUUCUUCAACGUACCGACAGCAUAUCGUAGAAGUAUUCUCUGAAGGAUGGAAUUGGAAAAAAGCACACGAAGCUAUCGACGGGAUGUCACUGGAUAAAAUAGAAAUAGAUCGUUUAGGUACGGAAUUAUCAAAAACGGUUGUUGUUGAAUUUUAUGGUAGAGAAGAAGCGGAAUAUUACGUUAAUUGGUUGGAACUUUCUAGGCGGAGAGAUGUUCCUCCUAAUGGUUUAGGACUCUUCAUGAUGCGUCCAGAUGAUUGUCAAUAUCGUUGUCCAGAAUUAGAUGCUUGUAUUAACGCAAGCGUAUGGUGUGAUGGUGUUGAAGAUUGCCCUUCAGGAAUAGACGAAGCUAUAACACACUGCUCUAUAUUAUUGCAACUACCUCCUCUUUAUCUCUUCUUCGGAGCUUUGGGAAUAAUCCUUUCCAGUUUUUUGACUGGUGUAAUUCUUUGGAAAACAUGUCGUCGAAGACCAAGAUCAAUCCUUCAAACGCGACUAAAAAGCUUGUCUUCCGACACUGCCAUCAUCGACGAUAGAGAUAUAAUUUGCUGACACAGCGAUAAUUCUGUAAGAUACGUAGAAAUUGACAGAGUAACUACUGUCUGACGCACGAAUUUCUACGUUUCUCACAGAAUUGUGAUUAGCAAAUUUUUUAUAAAUUUUAGUAACAAUGUCAGUAAAUAAGUUGAUAGUGUCUUGGUAUUUUUUCAAAAAGAUCACAUUAAUCUUAUUUUAGUUGCUCGCCAAUGUCCGUUUGAGUUUUUUUAACGAUAUUGGGGUAUUUUUCGGUUUUUAUUCGUCAAAAUCUAACCAAAUAUAUGGAAUCAGUUGGUUCUCUCUGCGUCAUAAAAGUCCUAGUUUUGAGCCAGAUUUGAAAAUGUGCUUAUUUGUUGGCGCUUCUUUUAUAUGAAUAAUUUUUUUGAUUCAACUCUUUCUACGUCUUGAUUCAAUUUAUUGCCAUGUUUGCUUUGGCAUCUAUUCCAUAGAUUAUGUUCAAAUUCCAAUGUUGAUUUCACUAAUUUCAUCAAAAUUUUUAUGAUGCGCGACCUUGUAUUAACUGACUAUUGCAGGUUUUGUUUUUCUACAGUCAUCCAAAACUCUUUAUUCUUCUAAGAGACUAUUUUCGAUCUUCUUUUUUCUCCUUCUUCCAGUAGCCAUUGAUUUAUUAUAUUUUAUUUAUAAUAUUCUAUUUUCUUAUGGAGACAAAGAAAAAAAUGGUUGGAUAUAUAUAAAUUUGAUAAGAAUCGGCUUCUAUUAAAAUUAUUCAUUUAUAGAAAAAUUUAAAAAAAUAUACAUUACGGAAAGUACACCGUAACGUAGGGGGUCGGUUGAUAGCACUGAUUCAUGUUCAACAGUUGACUUUGGAAAUACCAUUUGAAUUUAAAAUUUUGUCUAAGUCAGUCAAGAUUAGGCAUUUCCGAAAAAAUUUCUUCAUUGUAGAUUUGUAUAUUUUGUCCAUAUUUCGUGACUACAUUUACUUUGUCUAAAAACUUAAUAUAAUUUAUUGUAAAAAAUAUCUUUGAACAAUUGAAAUAACCUCACCCCACUCUCACACAUGACUGAAUAAUGUCUCGUCUUGUCAGCUGUCAAAAUGAAACUUAUUCGGGGGCACCAAUCCUCUAUAAAAAAUUACUUAAAAUCGUUUAAGAAUGUUGUCCAUUCUUACACGAACAUGCGUGCGAGAAUAACGUAUCGAAACAGAGAAAUAUUUCACUGUAUUAUCAUUAUUUGACAUAGAGCAUGAUAAAGUUCAAACCAAUCGAUGCUAAACAAAAUAAAAGAAAAACCCUUUUUCUCUUCUGUGUGGCAGUCAAUUUUCCAAAAUAAAAAUGAGAUAACGCCAGUACCCAAAAUCCAUUGAUUCACUACCGAAGACGAAUAAUUCGUCCAAUCAAUCAGCUGAUGUAACUAGAUCUGAUACUAGAGUUGGAAAUUGCAUAAUAAAGUUGAGAUUGAGAUUACGCGAAACACAUUAAGUGUUGCGUUGCCUUGCUUAAUAAUGUCAAACAUCCUUUAGGAAUUGGAGAAGAUGUACGUUUAGAACCAAGUUUUUUCAUUUAUUUAACAUUUAAAAAUACUAAGACACGAUAUAGUUCAACGAAUACUGAUUCUUUUAUAUUUUUUAGUCCUGGACCAAUAACUAAUUUUAAGGGAGUUUUUUAGAGUUGUGAUUAUAAAUUUUAGGGUCACUUGUUAGACAAUUAUCAAAUUUAGAGCUUUUUAAUCUAGAUUAGUACUUAUAAUAUUAUAAUAAUACUUACCACCUCUUCCAACAUGUUUUUCACGGUUUGUUACUAAAUAGUUCCAUUUUAUAAAUGAAAAAAAAUUGAGGUAGGUAUACAUUCUUCAGAAUAUCCGUUGUUAAAGGCUAACAAAAUUAAACUAUUAAAGUGUACAAAUAAACGAUGGUACAUUUAGAUGAAAUGCAAAUAAUAUACAAACAAAAAUACGAAAAAAGUAAAGUGAAGUAAAGUGAAAGUUUUCUUUUUCAAGAUUCAUUCGAUAUAAAGUUGAGAAAUUGAGAACAUUAGUUGUAGCAACUGGAAAGUAGAAUGGAGGGAGACCAGGUGGCAACUCGAGGAGUAUGUAUUCUUAAAAGACCUAGCAGUUCUGGUCCAUUUUAUUCGUAAAAUCGUUGUAUCAGUCCUAGAAGAACUGAUGAGGGUUGGCGACAAAUCCAGCUCGUUUUGGUAACCGAUCACUCGGGCGACGAAGCGACAAAUUGCUUUCAGUAAAUUUACCAAGGCAGUCUCUGCGAAAAUGGAUAGAGACAAGAUGAUGCUUUAUACCUUUCUUACCAAGUAACUUGAAUAGGCGAGUCAUCUGUGACUGUCUAAAACUCACACGACGUAGAAAAUUUCAAGUCAAUAUGCUUGGUUAGCUUUUUAAACGACAUCGUCCUUUGUUAAUUUCAUGUUGGAUACGCCGGUACAUUUUACUAUGAAUAUGUAGUUUUCAAACUCAUUGCAAAUAAAUUUGAUUGGCUACUAUUCUAAUGGAUUUAAAUAGUAUUAUCCAUUUUUAUUCUCACGCAAUUAAUGUGAUAUGAAAAGUUUUGUUAUCAUUUUCUUGGGUUUUAACACCACAGUAAGCUUGGGAACUAUUUCAUUGGUUCCAUCCUAAAAUUAUUUUUGGGAUCACAAUUUCGAUAUUAAGUAAUAAUUUCUAGUUUAUAAGAAUGUUGGAAGAGGUGAGAUUAAGCUAUAGAUGAUUUAUUAUCGCUUAAUUAUAUUAUUCAAGUGCGUCAAAAAGUGCAGGGUGCCAUCUAGAUAACAAUGAGGUUUUUAAGAUUAAGAAUUCAGUAGGAUUGUAAAUAUUAAUAACACAGGCCAACAAAAUCAUUUAUUAUAUGGUCUAAGGUUUCAUAGUCAAUUUGAAUACAUAUGGAUCUGAACAGAACAGAAACUUAAUAUAGAAAAAAAUAGAGGUUGCUAAACAUAAUUUGCAAUAAUUCGAGAGCUAGUUCUUAGAUAGAAUUAACAAAAGAGCAUUGGAAAAAAUAGCCUGAAAACAGAUUCCUGAGGUCAGUUUUGAUUUUGUUCAAAGGACAUUUCUACAUUUUAAAAUGGUUAACAACGUUAAAGAUCGUUUUGCGCAGGGUUUUCUUAUUUUUGCUAGACAAUAUCUAACACUAAUCUACUAUCAUAUUGCAAGUCCUUCUUAUUGAGGUUUGGGAAUGAUAUUGUAGAUUGUCACUUCAAAAUCCCACGAUGAAGAAGACAAAAAAAUCAAUGAAAAGUAAUAGAAAUGAUAUAUAUAAUGAUGAAUCUCGAAAACCAGAAUCAUUUACAGGAGGAUUAUACCAUAUGUAUACAAAUAGACACAAAAUAACUAAAGCCACAAAAUUCGUGUUGACUUGUGUAUAAUAUAUUCGAAAUGCUCUGUUGGUUAGUUGAGAAAAUGAUAAAUUUUAUUAUAAUAAUAACAUUUUUACUACAAAAUCUGAUACAAAUUAUUGAAGCUAAUGUCUUAGCAAAUAGCUAAAUUAAUUGACAAAUCUCAUUUGUUAUUAACCUAUGUACUAUAUUAAGUAGCUUAUUUAUUUGCUUACGAUUUUGUAUUGUAUUUCUUUGCCCCUUAUAUAUUCAGAUAAUGGUUUAUACUAAAUAUCAAGUGUUAAAUUAAUAUUAAGAGCUGAAAAAAUGAAGAAACUUCAAAAUUUCUCAAAUAAAAUUCAAAAGAACUUUAAACAAAAUAUUUUUUUCUUUUAAAAAGACUAUAGAUAAAAACUUUUUGAUUAACUCAAAAAUAUAUUGAUAUUGGAUUUUGUAGUUAAACUGAUAUUUGUAACAAACAAUUAGUUUUCUUCUAUAGUUUCUCUACAAUAAUAAAUAUAAAUCCAGAAAACUUUAACGAACUGUUUUGAUAGAGAAAAAUUAUAGUUUAUUGUUAUCUAUUCUCUUUUCAUAUUUGAACUUUUUCUCAACUUCUAGGCACUGUACAAUGUACAAUGACUGAUAACACUAUUUUGUACAUAUAUAAAAAAUCAAAAAUAUUUAUGAAUUUAGGUAUUAGAACAAAUUUAUAAAUUAUGCCAAACUAAUUUUAUACAUAAUAAUAUAAAUUCCAACAAAAAACUAUCGCAUUACAUAUAAAAUUAAAGGUUUUUCUGUUACAUACGAUUUUCCCUCUUAUACUAGUAGAUUAAACACAUACAAGGUGCGUCUAAAAAGUUCGGUGAAUGCAUAAACAAACUAAAAAAAAUUAAAGAUACAAAUCGCCAUUGUACAUAACUCAUAAAGCUUCUAAAAAUAGAAAAUGCCGGUAGACCAGAUGUCCUUGGAUGGCCGAUACGUCCGCAAAACAUAUCCUGAAAGGAAUCCGUAGUAGCCACGCCAAGUCAUGGGAGUGCAGUGGAUGAUUGGGAUCCGUUAUGCCACGUUGAGUCAAGAAUUGGCGCGCGUGGUUUGCAGAGUAAACAAGCGCAUUAUACUGCGGCAGGACCCACUAUUUUGUCCUGCUCAAAUGUGUCCAAAUAUGCCAAACGCAUCGAAUCUAUCGUUUCAAAAUGUUUUUCUAGAAUGCGGUAUUAACCGUCUAACCCACAGAAACGAAUUCCUAAUGAGUAAUACGAUGGUUGUUGAAAAGUGCAAUCAACAUCGUCUUGACCUUGGACUUUUAACAGCGUUACUUUUUUUCUAAAAGGAAGAUCUCAUCCUGCGUACCGAGAGUUCGCAAAAAGGGUAACCUGUACGGUACAAAUUGGGGACAGAUCUUUAUCUUGCCGAAAUAAUCGUAGACGAUGCUGCUCUUGUUUUACCAAAAAAUUGAUCAAUUUUGUUCUAGUAACAAUUUUUAUUUUUCUUCAUUAAAAAGUACCCAGUUUCUUUUUAAUUACAACCGUGGCCUAUAUUACAGAAUAUUAGAAUGAACUAAAUGUCAUAAAGAAAAUAAACCUACCGAAGCUCAAUUUUUCACUCUUCAGAUAUCGAAAUGUAUUUGUUCUUGCUAUGCUAUCCCAAGACUCAUCAAUGAGCAUUGAACAAUACAUCUAACAAUUGGAAAAGCACAUAUGAACUGGUAAACAUCCUCUUCGCAGGCGAUCAAGACCUUAUAUAGAAUGAAAAUAUCAGUUUCUAGACGAAACCACGCUUUCUCAAUCUUUGAAACGGGAUAUCUUUGUGGUGUUCUACAGAGUUAGUACCUAUAGAUCGAUAACUACUGAUAGAUAUAUUAGAUAUAUAUUUUUAUACUCCAUUUGUUAGCGAUGACUCCGUUUUAAUGCAAAUGCUCACCCUUACGUUAAUGAGUAACUUUAAGAACUAAAUAAGUCCAUUUUAAUUUGACCAAAUGCAAUCUAGAUUUUAACUAAAUUCUCAAGUAAAUUGGAAUGAAAUAAUUGAAAUAUGCGUUUAGCAAAUUCGGCCAUUGUGCCCUGAUUCUGGAGACCUACUUCACGUGCUAAGCGAUGAAGCCAACAUAAAUCUGUUUCCUUGAUUUCGAUGUGUUCUCAAGAUAUUUUUUCAAACACUCCGGAAGAGAGUACAUUUGAACAAUGCCUAAAAUAGAGUUUCAUCAUCCCUUGAGCAUCAUAAUAGAAGUCCAUUGUCUUGAGGUGUUUUAUCGUAUACCUGUGGCCGGUAAUCAGUCUAAGUCUGUCUGUCUUCAGUUCUUCUGUCCAUUAGACUUUUGAUGACACCAUCGGAUACAGGGAUUGGAAAGAUCGAAAGUGUACUCGUGACAGUCCUUUUAGCUCUGCCCUUCCAUUUGCCACAAUGUCCGAGGAUCCUCACAAGUUUCACAUAACAGCUGUUGAAGCUGCUCAUUAAAGUUUUGUAUCACCUUAGAAGUGAUUAAUACUUCUUCGACUACUUCAAUAGCUUAUCAGUUGUCAUAGCAGAUUGCACGCACAUAAGCAUGUACUUUUGUUAAUAAAUAUUGCAGCCUUUAAAUUUAAAAUCUAAAAUAAGUAAAAUUUAAUUAAAUCCAGAUUAUUUUGUAAGUGGUGCGAUACUUUUUUGACUGAGUGUAUUAAUAUGUUCUCAUGAUAUAGUUUGUGUUGUUUUUGACAGAAAUGAUAACAAGAAGAUUCACUUCAAAUUUUUUGAUAGUCCGAAAUGACGAAUUAAAGCAAAUUUCUAUAAAAUACUGAAUUACUUUUUGGGUGAAAAUAAAGAUGCAUACUCCGAAAACAACUAUUUCAAUGCCUCUCUCAAUCUUUUCGCACGAUUCAGACGAAUAUUGGAAGAAAAAUUGUAAAAAGUAGCGUUGUUCUACAAAAUUCAAAUUAAAAAAAAUUCUUCAAGAGAAAAUCCGCUGUGCUGCACUCCAUUACCACAAUUCUAUCUCAAAUGCUCUACUAAAAGUUGAGAGCCUUCGCUAUCUUUGAUUUUUGUUUUUGCUUUAUCUCUUUUCCCUGCUGCGUUCUCAUUUUUCAAUCAAAUUAGAAUGAAAUGGUGCGAAGGGAAACUUCUUGUUGAAUAAAUAACUUUUUUUUGUAAUUUCCAAACUUUUUCGUAAUAGUUAAUAGAAGUGAAGUUGUGUAAUAAUGUCUGUAACUGAAUAUAUUGAUAAAAUAAUCUACUUUUCCAGUAAUAUGGACUUAAUCAAAGAUGUGUUCAUUUUUCGUUCAAGCAUAUCACGCAAGUUUUACGCAAUAUGCAACACUGCCUGUUUUGAAUUUGUUUUUCAAGCUUCUCUAAUAUACAGUAUUUGAAAAAUAGAAACGUAAUUUAGUUUUGUUGAUGCUGAGGUAACCUAUAGCGAAAACUUUAUUAUAUACAUUAGAACAAAAAUAAAUUCCUGAAUAUGAAAAAGUAAUAUAACAACAAAUACUUCAACUCUGUGGGUUAGUUUAUUUUUAUUUAAAUUGCUAAAUUUUCCCAAAACAUUAUUCAGAAAUAUUUGAAAACAAAUAUAGGCCUUAAUAUCUACCGAGUGAACAUGUAAAAUGAUAUGCUCUAGAAAUUCCGAUACUACUGAAAAUAAAAGUUAAAUAUCCAUAAACAUUCGUCAGCAAACAGAAAAAUUCAUCUUAAACUCGUCUACAAAAUAUAGAAGUUUUUAAUACGAACGACAAGAUCAUCGUUUAAAGCUUUAUAAUCCGGGCGCUGGCAGGAGUUCCCGUAGCCGUUUGGAGGUCGCCACAAAAAUUGAUUGAUAUCUAUGUUUUUUUGUACGAAUAAUCGAUUUUGGAGGGUUGCGAGGCCGACCCUGGUCAUUUUUUUGUUAUUUAAUUGUUUAAGCGGCCAUAAUUUAUUAUUUACAAUAGUUACGGGGUUUCUGAUGACACAGUUUGGUUGCAAAUCUUCUAACGAAUAAUUCCGUUUUUGAAUUUUGAAAAAAUGUUCAGUAGAAUCAAAGUUAUAGGCAAAGUAGUGUAAAAAAAAUGCAAAAAUGCGCUGAUUUCUCUUUCAAUCGGUCGUAUUUCGGCCUGGGCAAAUUUAAUUGAGGCUUUCGAGGAUCCAUUUCAAAGAAAAUACUUUUCCCUUCAAAACGAGUCCACGUACGUACACUUUCAAGCAUUUGGAGUAGUUUUAUAGCACUUGGAAAACAAAAUUUUAAUAGAAAAAGACACUUUUAUUUGUUUAUAGGCCAUUCAGGCAAAUAAGACUAAACAUUUUCGAAAAAAAACAGCACCUACUUCAAAAUCCAAGACAAUUGGUUAAUAAACUACCGCCGACUUUCGGAGAACGGCCGGUGGCCGUUCUAUGCGGGCACCGCGGCGUGCCACCGCACGUGAGUCUACGAGGCUCGCAAUCUAAGAGACCGUUUUCUUUGGCAGUCUGUAGCAUAUCAAUUAAACAACACUUGUUAGUUGUUUUUGCAUUUUUUAAUAAAAUCUUACACAAAUCCGCGAUUCGCCUCAUUAUCCGUACUCCUUCGGUGUAGUUUAAACAAUUUAAUUGUAAAUAAUAAAAAACUGACCAGGGUGCCGGCCUUACAACCCCCAAAAAUCGAUUCUUCGGUCCAAAAAACAUAGAUAUGAAUCAUUUUUUCGUGGCGACCCAUAAAGGGGUACGAAAACCUCUGGCAGCGCCCGGACUAUUGAGCUGAUCUAUUAGCAGCAUCCUAAUAAUCGAAAAUCGGUGGUUUGGAGAGCACGGAAUGCGUAUAUUAUAUCGUCGAAUACAAAGUUCUGGUUUUGUGCUAUCGUCCAAGCUAGGUACUACAGCUGAACAUCAUAGCCGUCUUCUUUGGUGUAGAGAUAAUUCAAUAAGACCAUCGAUGAAAUCGUCUGCGACGAAUUCUGCUUUUGGGUAAACAAUUCGAUAGGUACCGUCAUGUAUAGCACACUGUGGGUAUAAUAGUGAGGUACGCUAUUAUAUACAUAGUAUAUAUUAGAGGAAACAUGAUUGCUCGGUGAUGCACCUACUACUCACUACCUGUCUGACUGAUCUGACUGAGACAUGAUUGGUAAAAGACUGUUGAAUAUGCAGCAGAUCUAUUGUCUUAUUAGAUCUUAAAUGCAUCAAUGAACGCAUGAGAAGUCCACACCUUAUUUAGAUAUACCUAACGUCUUCCAAAAUUGGUUCACUGAUGUUGAUUUGAUAGCUUAAUCAGCAAUAUUAUAGUGUUCUAUCUACCUUCAGGAAUUGUGCCUAAAAUGUUGACGAUUUAAAAAGCAUGUUUAUUGGGUUAUUAAUGACAUGAAAAACAAGUACUUCGAACAUGAGUAUCAAUAUUUUAUCCAAGACCACGGUAAAAUUUAUUUUUGUUGAAAAUAGAAUUAUAAUUUCAAUUUAUGGUAGCUUUCAACAUUAAAUAAUGGGACCAUAACUGAUGUUUGUCUUGACUUUACCGAGAAAUAUGCAAGAAGAACAUUUUCCAUGUUUUGAUUUUUUUAGUGUUACACCAAUCCAAAAAAUCGUCAUAUGAUGCCAUGUAUAUUUUUCUCGAGUUUUAUUGAAGCAGGUUUUUUUUGAGUUACAUUGCAUGCAAUUUGUGCAAUUUCAGAAGUAAUCCAAUCAGAUUCUUAUUCCGUGUUUAUUUAACUUAACAAUCAGUGUUUUAUCAAUCAAAAUUUGAAAUAUUCGCACGCUUUUAGACGCAAAUAUUCAUAAUAUGAAAUGUCACGUAUUUAUACGAGUUUUUAAAUACUUAAUUCUAAUGAUAGUCGUAGAUAAAUUAAUUUUGUUCUCUAUCUUCACAAACUUUAUUCUUACAUAACAUAAUAAACAAUAAUAAAAGUUGAAAUACAAACGUUUUCUUUAAUGCCAUAUUCUUCCGAUAAAUUAUUUUCCAACGGUGUCUGGAACAAAUUUUAAAUAUGUAUUGGACAAUUGGACAUUGGACAACUUGAAGCUUGGUCUAUGACUUGUUUCUGUACAAUAUCAUAGUUAUUUGGUUCUUUUUUUUAACAAUGUGGUAAUAUUGUGGUAGGUGAUUCUAGAAAACAUUUAAGAACCUUCAUGAGGUGUAAGGAUUUAAAAUUAAUAUUAUUGUAAUCCAUGAAUUGAUAAUCCUGCUUAUGAAAUAUAUCGAAAUGCAGAUUAUCUACAUCCUGAAUUCAGCUUUGAAAUUUUUGUCAUAAACUUCUUCAAGAUAAACGACGUCACUAAGCUUUUGUUCAGCGGAAUACAAGAAGUCAACCAAAGUAGUCUUUUUUCAAUAUUUCAAAUGUCAAAACUUUCUAAGGAGGGCAACUAAGUUAGAAGCAAUGUCUACACCGUUUUUAAUAUGCAUACCUUCUGACAACAUAAUAUGCGCAAUUUUUUAAGUUGUUAAAUUCCAGGUAUUACAUUUUUUUAGAAAAAGAAGUAGAUCGAGGAAGAGCAAAUACAUACGUCGAAAUAAAAACCAAAAACGGAUUUCGUUUCGUCUGUAUAUGAAUAGUUUAAAAAUGCAGUUUGUAGUUUAAAAAGAUGCCGGAGUGUAAACAUAAACAUUUUUUUAUUAAAAUAUAUUGACCGAAUAAAAGUACAAAAUUUCUAAAAAGUUCAAAUACGCGAAACGCUUUUCUGGAGAAAAAAAUUCUAGAAAAUGAUCUUGACAGGUUCGUUUGACAAUGUUAAUAAUGUACAAGGCCGCACUGGCUCACAGAACAAAAUGUUACGAUAGAUUUUUCGAGAAAAUACAAAUUUCAAAGUAUUUCAAUUACGUUCGAAAUGUUUAGUAUUUAUGUGUAUAAUCAACCAUGACUUAAAAAAAAAACUAUAAUCGAAUUUCCUUGUACUAAAUUAGAAAAUAUUGUUAAAUCCUACUAAAAACCACGAACGAUAAAUAUUAUGUAAAUUUAACUAAAUUUUUACUAACCCACAUUUGUAUAAAAUAAAAUUAAAUAUGUUAACUUGAAACAUGCUUUUCCAGAAUCAUCUUUUAAACAAAAAUAUAAAAUAAAUGUCAAUAUAAUACCUAAUAUAAUAAUGAAAAUAAAGUGUGAUGUGAAAUUACUGCAAUUUCGUUUUCUACAAAUGAUCAAUGUCAGACAUUUCGAAAUUUCUUACUGCAAUCUGCAUUUCUAUUUAUAUUCUUAUAAAUAUAUUUUCGUAUUCUCUCCAUUUUAAUCUCUUUUCUUCUGCCUACCUUACCUUAAAAAUUUGUUUCUGUUAUCGAUUUAGCCAAUCGUUGGAUACGAGGUGUAGUCAAAAAUACGGGAAAGAAAUUUCUCAAAUUAUUUUUUACGUAACAACAGUUUCUAUUAGUACAUGCCAUAACAGAGUAACAAGCUUAUAAAAUUUUAUUUUAACAGAAGAUUGGAGUAAGUGGACUUAUUGAAAAGUCUUCCUGUAUGUCUACAAUCACCUCAUUUACCAGAUUUACUACCAUACGUAAUAGUCUUCCAGUUAUAGAUAUAAACCAAUCUAACGGCCAUUUACUUUACUAGAUACAUAAAAUGGUUGAGUGAAAGUAAUCUUACGUCAUGUGUACAAAGGUAAUGUCAAAUAAUUUUCAACAUCUUAAACACGCAAAAUCAUACGAUACUGUUUUGUAUUUUUUAAUGAGUUCCAAGUUGACAUAGUUAAACAUUUUUAUAAUAGACCCCUUUCAAAAACAUAAAUAUAAACACUUGUAAAUAUAUCAUUAUUUUUAUAGUUAAAAUCAGCAGAUUUUGUGCAUUAGUUGGUCAGGUGCCCUGACAAUAAUAUAGAUUUCUUUAAGCUACUUAAACUGAAUAAGAAUUAUAUUUCCAAAUAGAAAUAAAUUUUGUUAAAAGGUAAGAUGAAAGAUAUUUAAUAAACAAAAAUGUGUUGUGAAUAUUGUAUUAAAUAAAUUAUUUUGAAAAA